GCAAGGGGGUGGGUGGCGUUCAAAAUGGCGGAGCGGGGCGGGCGAGGUACCAGCAGCGGCGGUGACAGCAGCCUGGACAAGAGCAUCACUCUCCCGCCUGACGAGAUCUUCCGCAACCUGGAGAACGCCAAGUGCUUCGCCAUAGACAUCGGUGGGUCGUUAACCAAGUUGGCUUAUUAUUCAACUGUGCAGCAUAAAGUAGCAAGAGUGAGAUCUUUUGAUCAUUCCGGAAAGGACAUAGAACAUGAAUCUCCAUAUGAAAUCACAGUUCAAGAGGAGAUCACAGCUCGACUGCACUUCAUUAAAUUUGAGAACACUUACAUUGAAACCUGCUUAGAUUUCAUUAAAGACCAUCUUGUCAACACAGAAACUAAAGUGCUCAAAGCCACAGGGGGUGGUGCCUACAAAUUCAAAGACCUUAUUGAGAAGAAGCUUGGACUGAAGGUGGAUAAAGAAGAUGUAAUGACUUGCCUAAUUAAAGGGUGUAACUUUGUGUUAAAAAAUAUACCCCAUGAGGUGUUUGCAUACCAGAAAGAUUCAGAUACUGAAUUCCGAUUUCAGACAAAUCAUCCAAAUAUUUUCCCUUAUUUGCUAGUCAAUAUUGGCUCUGGGGUUUCUAUAGUGAAGGUGGAAACGGGGGACAAAUUUGAAUGGAUUGGAGGGAGUUCAAUCGGAGGGGGAACCUUCUGGGGUCUCGGAGCUUUACUCACAAAAACAAAGAAAUUUGAUGAAUUGCUGCAGCUUGCUUCAAAGGGACAGCAUACAAAUGUUGACAUGCUGGUGAAAGAUGUGUAUGGUGGGGCCUACCAGACACUGGGGCUAAGUGGAAAUCUAAUAGCUAGCAGCUUUGGGAAAUCUGCCACAGCAGAUAAAGAAUUUUCUAAAGAUGAUAUGGCAAAGAGUUUACUGCACAUGAUCAGUAAUGACAUUGGACAGCUUGCCUGCCUCUAUGCUAAACUCCAUAACCUACACAAAAUUUACUUUGGAGGAUUCUUUAUUCGGGGUCACCCAGUCACUAUGCGCACAAUCACCUACAGUAUUAACUUCUUCUCCAAGGGAGAGGUUCAGGCAUUGUUCCUGAGACAUGAAGGCUACCUGGGAGCCAUUGGGGCAUUUUUAAAAGGAGCUGAACAAGACAAUCCCAACGAGUACAGUUGGGGAGAGAAUUAUGCUGGGAGUUCUGGCCUUAUGAGCACUUCACCCGAUCUCUGCCCCAUGCAACGUGCAAGGAGUGGCACGUUUGACAUGUUCGAAAUGGACCGGUUGGAGCGACCGCUUGUUAACCUGCCCUUGCUAAAGGACCCAUCCACGUACAUCCCUGACACUGUUGACCUCACUGAUGAUGCCAUGGCCAGGAAAUAUUGGCUCACUUGCUUUGAGGAGGCUUUGGAUGGGGUAGUGAAACGUGCUGUGGCCAGUCAGCCAGAUUCUAUUGAUGCAGCUGAGCGAGCAGAAAAGUUCCGACAGAAGUAUUGGAAUAAGCUUCAGACGCUCAGACAGCAGCCUUUUGCCUAUGGCACCUUAACAGUGAGAAGUUUGUUGGAUACGAGGGAACAUUGUCUAAAUGAAUUCAACUUUCCAGACCCCUAUUCAAAGGUAAAGCAGAAAGAAAAUGGCAUAGCGUUAAAAUGUUUUCCAAGCGUAAUCGAAUCUUUGGAUUCAUUAGGCUGGGAGGAGAGGCAGUUUGCUCUGGUGAAAGGACUUCUUGCGGGGAAUGUCUUUGACUGGGGAGCAAAAGCAGUCUCAGAAGUUCUGGAAUCUGAGCCACAAUUUGGAUUUGAAGAAGCCAAGGAAAAAUUGCAAGAGCGCCCGUGGCUAGAAGAUUCCUACAGCGAGUGGAUACAACGACUAAAGGAAGGUCCCCCUCAUAAAUGUGCCUUAAUUUUCGCAGAUAACAGUGGAAUAGACAUCAUUUUAGGAGUCUUCCCCUUUGUCAGAGAGCUACUCUCUAGAGGUACAGAGGUUAUAUUGGCUUGUAACUCCGGCCCUGCAUUAAACGAUGUUACCUACAGUGAAUCCUUGAUUGUCACUGAGCGGAUAGCAGCAAUGGAUCCCAUUAUCCAAUCUGCGCUGACGGAAGAGAGGCUGCUGUUGGUACAAACAGGUUCCAGUUCCCCAUGUUUAGAUCUGAGCCGGCUGGACAAAGGCCUGGCCCUGCUGGUCAGGGAGCGGAAGACUGACUUGGUUAUAAUUGAAGGGAUGGGCCGCGCUAUCCAUACGAAUUACUAUGCAGCUCUGCAGUGCGAGAGCCUCAAACUUGCAGUCAUCAAAAACUCUUGGUUGGCUGAUCGUCUGGGCGGGAAAAUCUUCAGUGUCAUCUUUAAGUAUGAAGUGCCACGCAAGUGACUGGGGCUGGAGGCCUGAAGCGUGGCAGCAAUGGACUUGCACUAGUUUUACUUUAAUUGUAAAGAAUGUAUUUUUAUUAUGACAGGGAAAAUGAGUUCACAUGAAAUUCCAUAUUUAUAUUGUGCUUUGUGACUUAAAGCAACAAUAUUCAUUAUAUAAAAAAAAUACACCCAAAAUAUAUAUGUAUAUCACUCACUGUUUAUUUUGGUAAGUGUUUAUUUUAAUGCUGCAGUAUUUGUGAUGGAAAGACUUUAUUUUUUUGUUCUGUGAGACAGUCAUAUAGAAAUAUAUUUAAAUGUCUAUGAAAUCUUUUUAUAUAUCUCUGCUUACUAUGCCAGCAGUGACUUGGCACAUACCAAAUAGAGUUUUUAAAGUGCUGAAAGCGUUUGACUUUGCAUUUGAAUAUUUUAGUUCAUGAAAUACUUCAGACCUGUCUAAAUUCUCUCUAGUUAAGCUAGGAAGAGACUUACUCCCUUGCAAGCUCUGAGCAGUGUUAUUUCAGACACACAGGAACCUAGAACAGUAACUGACCUGAUCAUCAAUGAGAGUAGCAGAUGGGAGAGUUAUUGCUGCUAAGAUUUAUCCGACUGCUGCAGGGUGAAGUUAAAUUCCUGAAGCUUACCCACUUCCAUUCUUGGCUCUUAUAGUUUUCUGGAUCCCAGCUAAAUGUGGUAAGGAAAACCAGUCUCUUCAGCUAAAUUGUCUAAGUUUUUAGGACUGAACCAAAGCAAGCCACAUUCCUCACCUAUACAGCUACUUACAUUACACCAGGAAUUAAUCUGGAAUAAGGCCUUCAAGAAUUCCUAUAUACUCACUUUUUCCAGUUGAUUUUCCUGUACCUUAAAGACAGAAUCAGCUAAUGGACAUUUAUCUACAUCUGGUCUGCGUGUUAAACCCUCCCUUGCCAAACAUACACAUAUCCAUGCUAAACUACUUGGCUUUUAUUGAUCAGCUCAAAGCACUAUACCUAUACAACUAACAAGUGACUUCAAGUCAUGCUCACAUUCAUUUCAGCUCUGCUCCAGUUUCUCUCAAAUGGAAGACAGGUAAUUGGAGUGUUAUGGCCAGAUCUUCUGCAUCAAAUAGCCAUUCAGAGUGAGUGGUAAUGACUCCCACCUGGCCAUUGUCCAAAGCUACCUGGGAGAAGAGGCCUGUUUCUCCUCUGCUCCUGAUACUCUAAAUAGUGGAAAAUCUGUAGUAACAUAAGCCUGCAACUGGUGAAGUUUCCAUUAUCUUGUAAGGAAAGAUAGCUUGUAAAAGGAUAGCUCAGUGGUUUGAGCAUUGGCCUACUAAAC